AAGGCGGAAAACAAAUUUCCCCUUCCUUCCGCCCAGAAGAAGAGGGGAUGGGAUCUGAGGAAGAAUCCUCUUCUAAUCCCUUUUUCUAUUGGGACGCCGUCGCCGAGGAGGAGCUCCGAGCUAUCGAGGCGGCCUACGCCUCCGCUUCCGCCAAGCGGCGGCUCUCCAAGCUCGAGGCCCAGGACACCGACGCCGCCGAUCAGCGAUCCAAGGGUCGCCGUUUGCCCGAUUGGGGGAGUACCACGGCCGUCCCGUUAAGACACCGCGCCGCCGACGGGAUGCCGCCUUCUCCUAGAAAUGGGCUUUGGAAUCUCGCUUCCCGUCCUUGCCGAGAAAAUUUCAAACUGAAAUACCCAGCCAUGAUUUUUCGGGGACAGAUUAUGUAUAGUAGGACAGCUUCUGAAGUAGAGCUAGCUACUAAGGAGAUUUUGGAUAAAAUUGAUGCCAUGAAGCAUAAUUCUGAUCAAGUCUCUCUUGGAUUUGAUAUCGAGUGGAGACCUGUGUUCAAAAGAGGAGCAUCUCCAAGGAAAGCUGCAGUGAUGCAGAUAUGCAUGGACAACUCUCACUGUUAUGUAAUGCACAUCAUUCAUUCUGGAAUUCCUUCCAUUUUGAAGUCCCUUUUGAAGGAUAAUUCAUCUGUCAAGGUAGGAAUUGGUGUAGCCAACGAUGCCUCGAAGAUUUCAAAGGAUUAUAAUGUGUGUGUAGAACCUGUGGAGGAUUUGUCAAGCCUUGCUAACCUCAAGAUUGGUGGAGCUCCUAAGAAGUGGGGUCUUAGUUCUUUGACUGAAACGGUUACAUGCAAACAGUUGGAGAAGCCUCGAAAAAUAAGACUGGGAAAUUGGGAAACUAAUGUGUUGUCAACAGAGCAACUCCAGUAUGCUGCCACUGAUGCUUUUGCAUGUUGGUAUUUGUAUCAGGUUCUGAAGGGCUUCCCGGAUGCAACAGCUGAAGCAGAAGACGUGAAGCAAACAAGCCAUGCUGUUUCAUGAGUAAAGCAUCCCUCUAUAUAGAAUAAUCUUUUCACUUGGUAACCACUGAUCCAAUGGGUUAUCACCAUUCUUUUUCCAUGAUGAUAUCUGGAUCAGGGUACUCUUCACAUGAAAAAGCAUAAAGAAUGGCUGGAAACUGGAUUGCUUUGGAUGGAGGUAGAAUCCAUGUAUGCAAAGAGCAACUUGUUUUGCAGCCUAUGGUUCGCGAGACCAGGCCUAGAUGGGAUGUCAGACCUCCAAGAUAGAUAGAAGGGGGAGGCAAGUAAGUCCGAGAUGGACCUCUCAACACACCUGCUGUCAGCGCUUUAAGAUCACCACGCCUCAAACCAUGAAUAAAAGCCCUGUCGCUAGUCCUAGCAUCCAAAGAGAAAUUUUUUGUACACCGCCCGGGGUCAUGUAGCCAUAUUUUUCAACAUGCAUUUAGUGUUUGUAAUUUUAUUUUUCAUUUAAA